GAUAAGAUAAAUAAUACUAGUGAAGUUAAUAACCAUGGAAAUUGAAUUAGUUUCUAGAGAAAUUAUCAAACCUUCAUCCCCAACUCCUUCCCACCUUAGAAUAUAUCCACUUUCUUUCAUAGACAACAUGUUUGUGUGUAAUGUUCCACUACUCUUCUUUUACAACCCAAAUGAGAGUAGUGACCAAGAUUCAAAAAUAUCACAACUCAAAAAAUCAUUAUCUCAUCUUCUAUCCAAAUACUAUAUUUUUUCUGGCAGGCUAAAAGAUAAAAUUACUAUUGAAUGUAACGAUCAAGGUGUUCCAUUUCUUGUGACAAAGAUAAAAAGCAAACUAUCACAUCUCCUUGAACACCCAGAAGAAAACUUUUUGAACCAUUUGUUCGCUGAUGGAUUGCAAUGGAAAGACGGAGAUCCGAGUUCAGCUUUCAUAGCCAUUCAAAUCAAUUGUUUUGAAUGUGGAGGAAUCGCUAUAAGUAUCUGCAUGAAUCACAAAUGUGGGGAUGCUUCCACAUUUAUCACUUUCAUGAGGGAAUGGGCCAUUAUAAAUAAAAAAUUAGAAGAAGAAAAAGGAGAAGAGUCGGUAAUAUUACCCUUUCCUUUACAUGAGGGAGGAUCUUCAAUUUUUCCACAAAAAAACUUACCUAUUUUACCAGAAUCUGUACACAAUAGACAGAAGAAUGUGGCGUGUAAAAGGUUUGUAUUUCAACCAUCUAUAAUUAAGUUUCUUAAGGAAUUGGCAACUUCUAGUUCUGUACUUUUUCCCUCACGGGUGCUAGUUGUAAAAGCUUGGAUUUAUAAGCAUGCAGUUUCAUCAAUCGGAUUAGAUUUCAAGACAUUACCGUUUCUCAUGGCUGUAGACCUUCGCAAAAGAAUGGUUCCUCCUUUAUCUGAAAAUUGUGUGGGAAAUAUAAUUUGGUUUUCAUCUAUGUUUGCUGAUAAGGAGGAAAUGGAGUUGAAAGAUUUGGUAUGCAAAAUAAAACAAGGAUUGUCAGAAUUUUGUGACACUUAUCCAAAAUUAUUUGGAGGGAAUAAUUUUUCGUUGUUAUCUGAGUUUAUGAAUAAAGCUAUUGAUCUUAAAUCUAAGACAAGAGAUGUGAUUGGUUUUAGUAGUUGGUGUAAUUUUCCAAUAUAUGAAGUGGAUUUUGGAUGGGGAAAACCAACAUGGGUUACUACUUGUGGUAGUCCUUGGAAGAAUUUCAUAAUUCUGAUGGAUAGAAAAGAUGGGAAGGGGAUUGAUGCGAUUGUGAGCUUGGAAGAGAAUCACAUGACUAAAUUUGAGCAUGAAUAUUUGGAGCUUCUUUGAUGUGCCUCUCAUAAGAUUGUGACAAACUCAUAGAUUUCUACUUUUGAUUAUUAUUGGGAGGAUAUCAUAAUUUUGUAUUUUUUAUUGAUUACAUGUUUGGUUUGGUUUGGAAUGAUAACUUAUAUCAGUUGUAAUUUUUGAUUUUUUUUAC